AUGGAAGUCCCGGUUGACAUAAAACAACGUCUUCGUGCAUCCUACAAUGCUAUAGCACCCAAAUACAACACCUGGACGGAGCGCCAUCAUAAUCUUCGUCAAUCCUAUCUCGACAAGCUACUUGAACAUUGCCCAGAACUAGCAUCAUCUAAUGAUAGCUCAAAGAAGGGUGUGCUUGAGCUGGGAUGUGGUUCCGGAAGCCCUUUUCUCACAACCUUACUCUCCAGAAGCUCGUCUGUGCACGUACACGCCAACGAUCUGUCAGACGUUCAACUCGAUACUGCACGCAAAAACUUGGCUACAUACGAAGGGCGUGUCGAUUUUCAUCCGGGAGACAUGAUGAAGCUUCACUUUGCGCCCGGAUCUCUCACAGCAGCCGUAGCUUUGUACAGCAUCAUUCAUCUGCCACAAGAGGAACAGAAAGAGAUGAUGAAGCGGAUUGGCAGUUGGCUAGUACCCGGGGGUGUAUUCCUGUCGACAUUCGUUGUUGAUGAAGCGUCUGUUCUUGUUGAGGAGAAGUGGAUUGAUGAGAACGGGUGGAUGUUCUGGAGUGGUCUUGGGCGGGACGAGGUGAUCAAGACAUUGGCCAAUGACGCUGGAUUGAGUAUUGAACAUGCAGUGGUGGAGGGAGAUGCGGAAGAAAGCUUUCUAUGGAUAAUUGCUAAGAAGCCUGAAGUGUGA